AUGGCGGCGCUCCACGUCGCCUUUUGCGCCGUCGGCAUCGUCGUGAGCUACGUGCUAUGGGGCUACAUGCAGGAGCGGAUCAUGACGCAGCCGUACGCGACGGGGGAGUUGUUCCGCUCGUCCAAGUUCCUCGUGUUUGCGAACCGCGCGCUCGCGCUGCUAGUCGCCUACGCCGCCCGCGAGGCCCAGCGCGCGCAGGGCGCCUGCGUCUCCCACACCGCGCCGCUGUACCAGUUCUCCUUUUCGUCGGUCUCCAACAUCCUGUCGUCCGUCUCGCAGUACGAGGCGCUGCGCUACAUCUCCUUCCCGACGCAGGCGCUCGCCUCUAGACCUGGGGCCACUGCUCUCGCCAGCAGAGGGGGGGCUGCUCCUCUCCUCAGCCCGCCACCUCGUCGGUGGAAGUCGUGCAAGAUGGUGCCGGUCAUGGUGAUGGGCUACUUCGUCUCCCGCAAGACUUACCCCGCCGCCGAGUACGCCAUCGCCGAUUCAUGGGUGGUGGGGAUUGGGGUAGGCGUCUUUCUCUUCAAGACGUACGAGGUCAACGAGGCACCCGUGCGCGACACGGAGCUGCUGGGCGUCUGCUUCAUCUCGGCGUACAUGGUGUGCGACUCCUUCACCUCAAACUACCAGUCGCGUGUCUUCAAGCAGUACUCGGUCGGCUCCAUCACGAUGAUGGUGUACACGAACCUCUUCUCGACCGCCUUCACCGCCCUCGGCCUCUGCCUCACUUGGGAGCUCGCGGACGUAGCCGUCGGCCUCCCCUCCCCGCACCGUCGAGACCCCUGGUGGCGAUUCUCCAUUCAUCCUCGAUGGCCCGCCGCAGGUCAGCUCUUCAUCUUUCACACCAUCAAGACGUACGGCCCGCUGGUCUUCGCAACCAUCCAGACGGCGGGCCAGCCCUCCGGCGGGUCAAAGAGGCGGCAGGCCGCAGACUGA